UUGAGGUGAUUAUUUUCAAGAUUUCAGAACGAUUUCUGGAACAUUCCACGGAAAUCUCCACUCUGAGAAGAAACAUGAGUCACCAGAGAAAUAAGGAUGAUAUAUUUGCUGAGUUCUUUGGGAACUCUAGCCCUUAUGGUCCGAGAAAUGCGAAUGAUAUAUUUGGUGGGGUCUCUAGCCCUUAUGUUCCGAGAAAUGGGGAUGAUGUAUUUGCUGAGUACUUUAGCCCUUCUGGCAGCGGUGGCGGCAGAGAAGGAGGAGGUGGUGGUGGUGGCGGCUCAUCGCAUCACGGUGGAGCUAGGAAGGCAGCUCCUGUUGAAAAAAAGUUGCCUUGUAGCCUUGAAGAUCUUUACAAAGGAACCACCAAGAAGAUGAAGAUCUCUAGGGAGAUUGCUGGUGUCUUUGGCAAGACAAUGCAGGUAGAAGAGAUUUUGACUGUUGAUGUGAAACCAGGGUGGAAGAAGGGCACAAAGAUCAUAUUCACGGCGAAAGGAAAUGAGCAACCCGGUGUGAUUUCAGCGGAUUUAGUCUUCAUCAUCGAUGAGAAGCCUCAUCCGAUUUUCACUCGAGAUGGUAACGACCUCGUAGUCACACAGAAUAUCUCAGUUCUCGAGGCCUUUACCGGCUACACCGUCAACCUGACUACACUUGAUGGUCGGAGACUGACCAUCCCAGUCAACACUGUGAUCCAUCCCGAGUACGUGGAAGUGGUUCCAAAUGAAGGAAUGCCAUUGCAGAAAGACCAGACUAAGAAAGGCAACUUGACGAUCAAAUUUAACAUCAAGUUCCCUACAAGGUUAACCUCAGAGCAGAAGACAGGAUUGAAGAAAAUUCUCGGAUGAAUUGAGUUAAAAUCAGCCCAUUCCAGACAACACAUUGUAGAAUACGACAGGAAGUAUCAAAGCUUCUAUAUAUCUUGUUGGAGAUGGCAGGGAUUGUGAUUAAAUAAUGUUGUGCCCU